AUGAGGUCUUCUCCAUCAGCGCUCCGUGCAGACCCAGCCACAGCAGCCCCGUGCAGCCCCAGCCACGGCAGCCCCGUGCAGCCCCAGCCACGGCAGCCCCGUGCAGCCCCAGCCACGGCAGCCCCGUGCAGCUCCAGCCACAGCAGCGCUCCGUGCAGACCCAGCCACAGCAGCCCCGUGCAGCCCCAGCCACCGCAGCGCUCCGUGCAGACCCAGCCACCGCAGCGCUCCGUGCAGACCCAGCCACCGCAGCGCUCCGUGCAGACCCAGCCACCGCAGCCCUGUGCAGACCCAGCCACGGCAGCCCCGUGCAGACCCAGCCACGGCAGCCCCGUGCAGACCCAGCCACCGCAGCGCUCCGUGCAGACCCAGCCACGGCAGCCCCGUGCAGACCCAGCCACCGCAGCGCUCCGUGCAGACCCAGCCACCGCAGCGCUCCGUGCAGACCCAGCCACGGCAGCCCCGUGCGGACCCAGCCACGGCAGCACCGCGCAGCUGCCAGCAGAGAGGGGCCCAUGGGCAGAUAAUGGUGCCGCAGCCACUCUAGCCUGGCGUGGGAUGAAGUCAGAACUUCUAUCCAUUGACUAUUGGUGUUGA